UAUGUCACUGAGCUAGUAAUCUCUGUGUGUGGCUCAGGCGGAGCACUAGUAGAUGUUGGAGAAUCCAUGAAGAGAAUGGCAGAAGUGAAAGACUCCCUAGAUAUCGAUGUCAAACAGAACUUCAUUGACCCGUUGCAAGGGCUCUGUGACAAAGACCUCAGAGAGAUACAGCAUCACCUGAAGAAGCUGGAAGGACGCCGCUUGGACUACGAUUACAAGAAAAAACGUCAGGGCAAGAUUCCAGACGAGGAGUUGCGGCAGUCCUUAGAGAAGUUUCACGAGUCAAAGGAAGUGGCUGAGACGAGCAUGUACAACCUGCUGGAGACUGACGUGAGGACUGAUUUAAUACCGUUUAGUUUGUUGUGUUGA